AUGUCUAAAUUUUAUCCCUACCAAACAAAUUCUCAAUGUUCACAACCUGAGCUACCAAUCAACAGUAAUCAAUCCUUGUACUGGCCAACAUAUCAACUCAUUCCGAACUUUAAAUCUCCACAAUAUGAGUUGUCUCAAAUUAACACCAAUCAAUCCUCGCAAGAUUACAUUGAUCAACCCAUAUUCUGGCCUUCAUACUCAUGGCCUUCGACAUUCAUUCCUACACCAUCACCAUUAUUGAUGACCAAUAACAUUACAACAUCCGAAUCUCAAAGACAACAAUCACCAACAAUCACCAACAAUCAUGCAUCAUCAUCAUUAAACGAAUCAGUGAGCGAACCAGUUUCAAAUUUUCCAACACAUUCUUCUUCAUCAAAGGAGUUCAAAUGGAAGCAACGAUUAAUAAAUCAGUACAAUUCUUCUCCCCCAAUAACGUCUAUUGUUGGGAAAGUUUGUUCCAACGACCGAAUAUGCUUGGAAGAGACCUCUUCUCAGCUAAAAGCAAGAUACUUCCUUGAUGUCAAACAACAUCUUGGCUUGACUCAUAUCACUGAUGAUAUUGUUACCAAUUCUUUCAAUUACAAAUGCACUGACUAUUUUGGUGAUGCAAAUUAUGGAACCAAGACGAAGCGAAAAGAAAAGCUGCUACAACGAUUAGGAGGUCACGAUAUUAUUUGCAAAAUGGAUCAAUUUAAAGAUAUUUAUGAAUUUCUUGGGAUGUUAUGGAGGGAAGGAUUGCUGAAUGAAGAUCGUAUGAAAGAGGAAGGUUUGUUGGAUAGUAUGGAUUAUAGUAUGUCAAAACAACAAGAAUCAUGCAACGAACAAACGUUCUUCUCAAAAGAAAGUAAUACGAUGUCUCAAAUUAAGAACCACCAAACAGAGAACCAUAAAAAGCGUAACAGAAAUGACAACGACAACCAAAACAAGAAAAAAACUAGUGCAAGACAUUUCAAAUUGAAAGAAAACACUUUAAAGCAAGUUCUUGUUAAAAACCGAAAAGUGAUUUCUAAUAAGGCCGUGGACGAACUUCGAACAGAAGGACAUGUCAAAAAUUUAACACCCUCACCUACCUUAUUGCAUGCACAAUCAACGACAGACUUAAUCUGCACUGACAUAUUUAAUGUAAAGGUUAAAGAAUUAGAUGGAGAUCGAAAAAUCAUUUAUCACUCAAUUCUCCCCACUGUAUGUUGUUAUGUGUUGCAGCACAAGAAGUGGAUUGGUUUUAUGAAGAAAAAGCAGAUACAACUUUGUAAAGAGGAUCAAAUCGAUAACAAGGAUUUAAUUGUUGCGUUGAAUCUUGAUUAUGCUGCCAAUUCAAAACUGACUACUUUGACCAUUAUUGUGAUCAAUUAG